CCGCCGUAGCCCUAGUAACGUUAUAUUCUCAGUGGUAGCGGCCAGCGACGUACAGUCUGACAACUGUGGUAAGAGGGGACCUAGGAUCGCUAGCGAAGCAUUUCUUGCUGAAGAUUAAUUCCUAGCCAUAUUCAAAGAUGGUUCGUGAGACCGGCUACUACGACAUUCUUGGAGUGAACCCCAAAGCUUCUCACGAUGAAAUCAAGAAAGCAUAUCGAAAACUAGCACUGAAAUAUCACCCUGAUAAAAAUCCGAACGAAGGCGAAAAGUUCAAGCUUAUAUCACAAGCUUAUGAAGUCCUGUCGGAUCCUAAAAAGCGAGACUUGUAUGACCAAGGAGGUGAACAAGCCAUCAAAGAAGGGGGCCUGGGUGGAGGAGAUUUCUCUUCUCCCAUGGACAUUUUCAACAUGUUUUUUGGUGGUGGAGGCAGAACACAGAGGGAAAGAAGAGGGAAGAAUGUAGUCCACCAACUAAGUGUCACACUUGAAGAAAUGUACAAUGGUUCAACACGGAAACUUGGUCUACAGAAGAAUGUAAUUUGUGAGAAAUGUGAUGGCUAUGGAGGAAAGAAAGGGACUCUUGAAAAAUGUUCCAACUGCAAAGGCAGAGGAGUUCAAAUCCAGGUGCAACAGAUCGGACCAGGAAUGAUUCAGCAGAUCCAAAGCAUGUGCUCAGAAUGCCAGGGACAGGGGGAGAGGUUUAGUGCUAAGGAUCGCUGCAAAAACUGCAAUGGGCACAAAGUGGAACGCAAAAAGAAGAUUCUUGAGGUCCACAUUGACAAAGGUAUGAAAGAUGGCCAGAAAAUCACGUUCCAUGGAGAAGGUGAUCAGGAACCCGGACUGGAGCCUGGUGAUGUUAUCAUUGUCCUGGACCAAAAGGACCAUGCUGUAUAUAAGAGACAGGAAGACAACUUGAUUAUGAAGAUGCAGAUAAAACUGGUUGAAGCACUCUGUGGGUUCAGGAAGACGAUACACACACUAGACAACAGACUACUUGUCAUCAACUCGCCUCCUGGUAAAGUAGUAAAACAGAAUGAUUUGAAGUGUGUUCGGAAUGAGGGAAUGCCUUUGUAUAGAGAUCCAUACGAGAAAGGACUGCUCAUUGUUAAAUUUGAUGUUGAGUUCCCAGAUAAUCACUGGCUCCCUGAGAAUAUGUUUCUCCAACUGGAGCAGCUGCUUCCUGAAAGGGAUGGUGUAAUGGUAACUGACGAUAUGGAAGAGGUGGACCUGUGUGAGGUGGACAUUGAAUCCCAGAGGAGGAAAUAUAGUGGAGAAGUGUAUGAGGAGGAUGAAGGUCACAGAGGCCAUGGAGUACAGUGCCAGACUCAGUAACUCUAAGUGCAGUCAUAUCUUUCGUAGUGUUUGUGUCCUCUGUUUUCUCUACUAUUACUGAUUAUCUUUUUAAACUGUCAAUUUUAAGUUAAAAUCCAGGUCUCAUACCUGGCCUUUUGUUAGGUAUUCGUUAUCAAGGCACUAUCCUAUUGAAUAACCUUUGAAAUAACACUCCCUGAAUAACAAUAUGGGAAUUUCCUGUAUACUGAAACCUUAAAGUUUAAGUGGGACUUUUUAAGUAUAGAUGAAGAUUCUUCUGGGGAAGAUUCCAUCCCAGUUAUUUCCUUAAGAUGUUGGUUUUGUGCUGAUAAUAGGUUGUGCGUGUACUUUGUGUGCACAUUUAUGUUCACUUUUGUCAUCUUUCCCCUUUUUUUUUUUUACACAAAAAAAAAUGCUGAAGAUGAUUCUUGUAUGCUUUCUGUGAAGGUAAACAAAAUGAAACUUGAAGUGGUUUCUCAAAUAAAAUGGUACAAGCUAAGAACUAAA